AUGUCUACUUUCCUCCAUUUUUUUCUCUUUAUUUUUUCAUUAUUUAUUGUCUAUCUUAAUUUUAAUGUCUUGCUAUUUCAACUUUACUUUCUUUUUCCUUCUCUUAUCUUUUUCUUCUUCUUCAUUAUUCUUAAAUUUCAUCUUUUCUUUCUUUUCCUUCCUUAUUUUUCUUCUUUUUAUUUCUUCUUUCUUGUUGUCUUUCCUUUGAUUUUUUUUCAUUCCAAUCCUUGUCAUUACUUUUUUAUUCCUUCUCUUUCAUUGUUCUCUUUCUUUUUAUUCUUCAUUGUCUGUAUUUUCCCCUCCCUCUAUUUUCUUCUUAUUCCAUUUUCUCCCUUUUCAUACUUCUCUCAUUUUAAUUUUCUUUUUCUCUUUUUCAUUCUUCACAUUUUUGCUUUUCAGCUUUUCUUUUUUUUGUUUCCCAUUUUUCUUUUCUUCUUCAUCUCUAUCCUCUUUUCUCAUUUCUUAUUUUCUUUUUCCUUUUCUUUUUAUUCUUCUUUAUCUUUGUUUCUCAUUUUACUUUUGCUUUAUCCUCUUUUUUAUUUUACUCAUUUUUUAUUCUUCUCCUUUUUAUUCUCUUUGUUACUUGUUUUCUCUUUCCUUUUUUCCCUUCCCUUUUUAUUCUUCUCUUUGUUUCUUAUUUACUCCUUUUAUUUUUUUUCUUCUUCUUUGUGCCUGUUUCUUAUUUGA